CAGCUUUAAAUUGUUGUAUAUUUUUCAUUGAACUAAAACUAGAACUAGUGCGUCUUCACUCAAUCUCACUCCCAUUAUAUUUUUAUCUCCUUUUAAUGUCAAAAAUAUCACCUGUCGAGAUUUCUUCCGAAAAUAAUAUUACAAAACAAUACACAAUACAUGUUACAUUAGUAACUAUGGGAACUUUGAAUUUUCAAUGACUUAAGAAAGUAAAUUUUUAACGAAUUGACAUUUAAAACGUCUCAUUUAAUGAAAAUGAUAUGAAUUAUAAAAAAUUAACCAUGAUAAACAAUUUUAAGUAAAAAAAUGUUUUUUAUGUAAUUAUUCAAACAAAAAUACGUAAAUAUCGUUAUCUUUAUAACUUUGCUCGUAUUUGUCGCGUAGAUUUUUAUUAAAACGUAACAUAAAACAUCCCUAUAAGAUUCAAAUAGUUUUGCAAAAAACGAUGAACAGUUUACAUGCUCCAACGUUAAUAGAAUACAAAAAUUUGAAAUUUUUAGUGACAAAUUCCCCGGCUCUCUUUAAUAUAACCAAAUUUGUUCAUAUGCUUCAACAAUAUGAAGCAAAAAUUUUAGUUCGAGUUUGCGAAAAAACUUACGACGAUCUUUCAAUAGCUUCUCAUGGCAUUUUAGUUGAAGAAUUAGUAUUUCCUGAUGGUUCAUUUCCGGAUGCGUUUAUAAUACAACAAUGGUCAGCGAUUUGUAAAAGCUAUUUUACAUCAAACCCAACUGGAACAUUGGCUGUUCAUUGUGAAUCGGGUUUAGGUAGAGGUCCGGUUCUUGUAGCUAUUGCUUUAAUCGAAUUAGGAAUGCAACCGGAGCAUGCAAUACAAACAAUACGAAAUAAACGCAGGGGCGCGUUUAACGAACACCAAUGCGAACAUUUAAUCAAAUACAUUCGGGUUGAUAAGAAAAGAAAAAUGAAAUGUAUUGUUAUUUAAUAUAAUUUUUGAAUAAAAAUUGUAGU